CAUCUUUUAUUACUUAAUAAUUCAUAAACAAAACUUGGUCUUAUUUUAUCUAUUUUUAUUUUAUUUUUACAUUAUCUCAACAACGGCUGGUCACACGGACAAGUCAGCCAAGUGCAUUCAUUUCCAGGAGUAAAACUCAAUGUAAAUGUGAGGCGACACUGGUUACAUCAGUAAGCAUUGUGUCACUGUUUAAGGCUGACCUGGAGUGAGGAGGAAGUGGGAUGGAAAUAUGCAACAGGAACUGGGAACCGGAAGCACGAAUGUGCCUUCUGAAAAAGGAGUAGCCUUGAACCUAAACUAUCUGCUGUGAGGGUGGAGGGGGCGGACCCACCAUUCUCCCGAUUGUUAUACCCCGGCUAACGAUGGCAGACAGACCCACAGGCUCCCUGCAGUGAUGUCUAUACAGUGAAGUCUGGCUUUCUCUGAGGCCUGCUCGCCAUGCUGGCCCUGGGAGUAGACUAUGGCAAACCAGGAGAAGGGAGAGCUCGACCAAGAGCGACCAGAGAAGGAGGAAGAGCGAUGCCUGCAUGGCACACUCCAGCUUCAGGUGGGUUGCUGGCACGGGAGUCUGGUGUCAACAUCAAGCAGAAGAUCUCACAAUGGGAGGGGCUUAGCCAGCAGGAGGAUGGGCAUGGUGGAAAGGCCCGCUCCUCCUCGGUUUCCAGCACCCUUUCAGCUGAUGAGAGAAAUGGAGCUCUCGACAAUAAUAAAAGUGAUGUACUGUGUUCAAAGAUUAACCUUAAUAAAGUCCAAAGUUUUGGUUUGGAUUUUAGGGAAAACCAGGCUCAUCAUGGACGAAAAUCUGAACCUGAGCAAAAACGAACAUGCCUGAACAAAGUCGUAACUUCAACUCCCGUGACUAAGUCGCCCGUCCUGACUACAGCCAAAGCAACAUCUGUAAAUAUAUUGGAUGCCAGAAACCAGAAGAGCAAUAAUUGUGAGCUUAGUGAUCACUUCUCGGACUAUGAUCUUGAAGAUCCUGAUGACUCACUGCCUCCUGGGAACUUUUACACCUCUCGAGGGUUUUGGAGGAAAGUAGAGUGUGAUGACACACUCUGGAAAAAUGAGAAGGAUCACUCAUCCAUGUCCAAGCAUCUCAUUUCAGUGGAGGCUGAAAAAAGCCCUCAAAAUCUUGUCACUCCACCACCUAAACCACAACGCACAUUUGAGUACAAAGGAGCGGACAGCCCAUCUGCACAUUUGCUCAAAGAGAAAAAGCUGUCUUCUCCUGAUGGCCAAUCAAAACAGCACAGAAAGCGUGAUGUCAUACGUCCGCCCACUGGCCCACCACCACCUUGCCCUGGUACUUCCACUAAUGGAUUUUCCAGAAACAAAAAGAACAGAAAGUCCUUCGAGUUUGAAGACGUGGUUCACUGGACGGCUCAGCAGGGGUCCAGAGAGAGGGAGGCUCGGCGCUCAGGACUCUACCACGCCAGAUCUGAGGACAGCGUUUAUGAAGACAUCAUCUCGGAUGUUUGGCAGGAUAAUUCAUAUGAGGACAUCAAAUCGUCUCCUAUGUGUCUGCCCAUAAUGCGGUCUCGAAACUGGACUGUUGCACAGAGGCGGAUCCCCUGCACACCAAAGCUGCCUCCAAAACCCCUUACAUUACGAGCCAGUGGUAACAGAGUCUAUAAGGAUCUACAGUCUGUUGUGUCACCAGCUCAGCUAUCUAUCCCAAACACACCCAAACCAUCAGCACCAAAACGGGUCUACAGAACACAGCGCCAGCCACAGUAUGUGAGCAGAAUCCAGGAGAUCUUCGAGGCCAAAAGAGGAAAGAAGAGAGUAAAAAGCCAGACAAGCUCGAGCAGAGAAGAAUUGAGUGGAACAGAGAGUGAUCCAGAAGAGAGCACCAAAGGUGGAUCCAAGCGUCUGGUGUAUGUCCAGUCCACUUUAAAAAGGAGACCAGAGUAUCGCACUUUAGAGAGGGACCUCAUACAGCUACAAGAGCAACAACUCUUCCAGCUGUUUGUGGUAGUGUCACUGAGAAAACGCCCCCCUGGCAACAUGUACUACCCAGAGAUCACCCAACGGUUUCCCACCAAGUUUGAGAAGUCUUCACGGCUGUCUCGUGAGGCGGAGGACCGGUUGAAAGCCAUUCCUAAUUUCUGCUUUCCAGAUGCUCAGGACUGGAGGCCAACUGCAGAUAUCAACAGUGAGACCUUUUCUUUUGUGCUGACGGGGGAAGAUGGGACCCGCUGGUUUGGUUACUGUAGGAAAAUCUUGCCCUGUGGAAAAGGAAAGAGGCUGCCUGAAGUUCACUGCAUCAUCAGCAGACUUGGUUGCUUCAAUUUGUUUGCUAAGAUUUUGGAGGAAGUGGAGAGGAGGAGAGAGAUCUCUCCUGCACUGGUCCAACCAUUUAUGCGCAGUGUGAUGGAUGCUCCGUUUCCCGCCCCAGGACGCACCAUCACUGUCAAGAGCUUUCUACCUGGCUGCGGGAAUGAGGAACUGAAUCUGUGUCGGCCUGUGGAUUCUCGGCUUGAGCACGUGGAUUUUGAGAUUCUUCUGCAGUGUUUAAGUGUUAGCAGGCUUCUUCAGGUUUUUGCCUCUCUGCUGCUGGAAAGGAGAGUCAUCUUUAUCGCAGACAAACUCAGCACUUUAUCUAGGUGUGCACACUCGGCUUUGGCUCUGCUCUACCCUUUCACCUGGCAACACACAUUUGUACCUGUUCUGCCAACCAAUAUGCUGGACAUCAGCUGCUCUCCCACACCCUUCGUCAUGGGGGCACUGUCUCCAUGCUUGCCCCAGCUGCUGGAUUUGCCAAUUGAGGAGGUGCUCAUUGUGGACCUGUGUGCGGACAAGUUUGUUGUUCAGAUGGGAGAUGAAGACUGUAUUCUGCCCAGUAAGCUCCAAGCAGCCCUGCAGGAAGUCUUGGAGAGUCGAGAAGAGAUACUAGAACUCGGUGAAGAGGAGAGACAAAGUGAUCGAUGUGAUCUGAGUGCUCUGGUGUCUGAGGUGUUCGUGCGAUUCUUUGUGGAGCUUGUGGGCCAUUACCCGCUGCACAUCUGCGAUACAGGAUACAAUGGUGUCCGGGAGCUGAACAGAGAAACGUUUAGAAAAUCUCAUCCAUCUCGAGGUGUGCGUCAGUUCCUCCAACUCUUCAUGGAUACGCAGAUGUUCGCCGGCUUCAUCCAGGACCGUGAACUGCGCAAGGGAGUUAAGGGUCUGUUUGAAGUGAGAGCAGCAGAAUACCUCACCUCCUGUCCUGAGCCUGAACCCAGCGGAGUCAACAAAUUUCUCAAGGGACUCGGGAACAAAAUGAAGUUCUUACAGAAGAAGUGAGAGAUUGCGUAAGCUAAGAAGAAGCCAUGAGUCCUGUGCCAAACAAGAAGGAGUGCUCAGAGAGGAGAUGUGAGUCAGAGAUCACUCCAGUGAGCAUUCUUCUCAGAGAAAACUGACCAGCUGGGUGGAGCCGAGGUCGAGUCCGGACUAGACUUGUUCUGCCCUUAAAACGCCCGUGCUGGGAGCGCCUGUGCAAUUUUAUAAGGUUCAUAACUGCAAAUGGAUUUGUAGAAACAUGUCACAAAAAAAGACUGAGAGCUGGGAGCUGUCAGUGUCAUGUCAUUAUAUAAAGCCUGUGGGUUCAUUAUAGGAAGAUUCAGGAUAAUGAAGUAGCCCUUUUUACAAUAAUCCUGAUAUUUUUGGUCUUUUGUGUUACUAAAAAUAAAUAAUCGUCAUCUCCAGAAUUGUUGUCAAACUUGGUUUAAAAAAACGGGUAUGUGGCGAAUUACCAUAAUCUCGCACUGAACACGGUAAGAGAACUCUAACUUAAGUAUUACAGUAGACUUUUUCCCCUUUAGGGUGCUCAGGUGGAGCAGCGGUAAAGCACACUAGCACAACAGAGCUGACAUCUCAAACUUGUCUGUUCAAAUCUCAGCUCUGCCACCCAGCAGGCUGGGCGCCUACAAGAACAACGAUUUGCUUGUUGUUCAAGGUGCUGGAGGGGACCUCAUAACUGAUGCAUUUACGACCUCUGCUGGCUGAUUGAUGGCGCCUGCACAGACAUGAGGGAUAAUGUGAUCAGGGUAUGUCUCUCUGUACACAAAGCUGAUCCACAUAUGAACUCACCUCGUGCAGAUGAAAAAAAGCAGUUGGCUACUGCACGUGUCGGAGGGGGCGUGUGUUAGUCACUCUCCUCAGUCAGAGUGGAGGUCAACAUCAGUAUAAGGAAGCAUAAUGCAAUCAGGUAAUUAGAUACGACUAGAUUGGGAGGAAAAUUGGGGGAAAUGCAAAAAAAAAAAGAAUCCCCCUUUAUCUCCAGAUUUAGUCAUUUCCCACUCCAGAUUGUGAAUCCGCUUCCGCCUGCACAACACCCGAUCUAAUCAAGGAGCGCCAGAUCACCACACACCACCUACGACGUGUCCAAUCUGCAGCUGCUUCUUAUCACUCGCCAGUGUUUGGUUCCCACACAGAGCCGUAUCACAUACAGAGAGCCACUGUAGACUCCAUGUGCCUCCCCCAACCCCUACUCAAGCAGGCGCCCGGACCACUCACGGAGAUCGCAUAUUAUAUUAUCAUUUCAUAUUAAUGCCCAUGGUCUUGGAAUCGGAUCUCCAACAAGCUGAUGGUUUAGUAUUCACAUGUGUUGAGCCAUAUAGUGUUAGUUUACUUUGCAAUUAUAUUUCAGUGUGAGAUUAAGCUAAUUGACUAUAGUAACAGUUUAUGGUCGCUUUUAUCAAUGUUAACAAGUGUGGAAACAAUUGGGAGAGUGACUCUAUGUUCAGAUAUUUUUUUCACCAUCCAAAAGCUUUCCGAACUGGAAAGUAGUAUUUUAGAUUACAGUUUAAUAAAAAGAGGUGUUUUCAUCUCUUUAAAAGUUAGGUAUUUAUAAUUUCUCUGAGGCACACUGUUCAUGCUUCACAGUAGAUUUUUAUGUAUCUUAAAUGUGUAAUUUUAAUGCUCAAAAUCUGUUGGGGUUGUUUUUUUUAACAGAUUACAUGUUUGUGUGGAUUAAAAUUUUCCAUUAUAAAAAUGCUUUUACAUUUUAUAUGCUACCGUCCUGUUUGAUUGCUCUGCAUAA